AUGGCGUCCAGUUCAAACCCCAUCGACGAAUUGCGCGAGACGAUGAAGGCGUCGAAGGAUUCAAAUGGUUUGAAUGGGCUGAAUGGUUCUAACGGCUCUCGUGGUUCAAAUGAUUCGAAUGAAGCAGGCGUCGAAGAUGUCUUGAUCAAUCACCCAAUUGUGCCAGUAAGUGCAACGGAAGAAGAUUCCCUCCAUUCAUAUGUGGAAAGCGGAUUCAGAGGCAUCAUUGCUUCACCUUAUGUUGCUGGAGCAGCGAUUUUAAGCUACGACCAAGGCGUAGUAUCCGUCGUCCUUGUCAUGGAUAGCUUUCUCGUCGAUUUUCCUCGUGUAGGGCCUCAAUCUAGCGGCUUUUUGAAGGGUCUCUUAACGGCAAUGAUCGAACUCGGUGCUUUCUUCGGUGCCUUGAAUCAGGGCUGGAUCGCAGAUAAAUACUCGAGGAAAUACUCAAUUGUGAUUGCUGUAUGCAUCUUUUUGAUAGGAAGCAUAUUACAAACUGCGGCUGUCAGCUUCAACAUGCUCAUUGUGGCCAGGCUUAUUGGUGGCAUAGGCAUCGGUAUGCUGUCAAUGGUGACUCCUAUGUAUAUCUCGGAGAUCGCUCCGCCGGAGAUUCGCGGUACUUUGCUCGUUAUGGAGGAACUUUCUAUAGUUGUGGGCAUAGUUGUCGCUUUCUGGAUUACAUUUGGUACAAGAUAUUUAGGCGGCGAAUGGGGUUGGCGUCUUCCCUUCUUUAUUCAAAUCGUUCCUGCCUUAUUGCUGGGAGUUGGUGUCUACCUUCUGCCAUUUUCGCCUCGAUGGCUCUCUUCCAAGGGACGCGACGACGACGCUCUGAAAGCUCUGACAAAAUUGAGACAAUUGCCUGCUACCGAUUCAAGAAUUCAACAAGAAGCACGCCAAAUGCGCGACGACGUCUUGCAUAUUCGGGAGAUUCACCUACAAAAGCACGGAAAUCUGAUCAAUUCGAAAAGUAAAUUCGGUAAUAUCAGGCUCGAACUGGCCUUGUGGGGAGAUUGUUUUGCCCCUGACUCCAUUAAACGUACACACAUUGGAGUAGUUAUCAUGUUCUUUCAGCAAUUCGUUGGUAUCAAUGCUCUGAUCUACUAUUCUCCGACUUUGUUUGCUAGGAUGGGUUUGGAGUCAGAAAUGCAAUUGAUCAUGUCAGGAGUUCUAAAUAUUUGCCAGCUCUUUGGUGUAGUGACGAGUCUCUUCACAAUGGAUCGAUACGGGCGAAGGCCAUUACUUAUGCUAGGCUCUUUUUUCAUGACGAUCAGUCACGUUAUGAUAGCUGUUAUGGUCUGUCUUUUCUCUUACGACUGGGAAUCACACCAGGCUGCUGCAUGGAUCAGUGUAACAUUUCUACUGUUCUACAUGCUAGUUUUCGGAGCAUCUUGGGGCCCUGUACCUUGGGCAAUGCCGUCAGAGAUCUUUCGAACAGACCUACGUGCAAAAGGGGUAGCUUUGAGCACUUGUUCGAAUUGGCUUAACAAUUUCAUUAUUGGAUUGAUCACUCCACCACUGGUGGUAUAUACCAAUUGGGGGGCUUAUGUCUUCUUUGCGGCCUUCCUUCCAUCUCAAAAAUUCAAACAAAUCAACUUUGCAAUCCCAAAUUAUUCCUUCCACAAAUCAACACUUUCAGCACAAAUUCUUGAUACCCUCUUUACAUCUAUAGACUCAAUUACCGCCAGGAUGUUAGAAGCCCGCCUCGAGCAAGCCGAUCUCCUCAAGAAGGUUGUCGAUGCCAUCAAAGAUCUCGUCCAAGACUGCAACUUCGACUGCAAUGAUUCAGGAAUCGCUCUCCAAGCUAUGGACAACUCUCACGUUGCGCUCGUCUCGAUGAUGCUUAAGGCUGAAGGCUUUUCUCCUUACCGAUGUGAUCGCAAUGUUGCUCUAGGUGUCAAUCUCACUUCUCUUACAAAGGUUCUGCGAGCUGCCCAAAACGAAGAUAUCCUCACCAUCAAAGCCGAGGACGCGCCAGAUGUUUUGAACUUGGUGUUUGAGAGCAGUGAAAGUGACCGAUUGAGCGAGUAUGAUUUGAAGUUGAUGGAUAUCGACCAAGAACAUUUGGGUAUCCCUGAUACAGAGUAUGCGGCUGUUAUUACUAUGCCAAGUUCGGAGUUUAAGAGGAUCUGUGUUGAUCUUAUGGCUUUGUCUGAGUCUGUAUCGAUUGAGGCUUCGAAAGAUGGUGUUAAGUUCCACUGCAAUGGUGAUAUUGGCAAUGGUGCUGUUACCCUUCGCAGCCAUAGCAAUGUCGACAAGCCAGAUCUUAACGUCGAUAUUGAGCUUUCUGAACCCGUCUCCCUGACUUUCUCCCUUAAAUACUUGGUCAACUUCUGCAAGGCUGCUGGCUUGUCCAAGUCUGUUAAGCUUUGCUUGUCUAAUGAGGUUCCUCUUUUGGUCGAGUAUCCACUCGCUGGCAGCAGUUACUUGAGAUUUUACUUGGCACCAAAGAUUGGUGAUGAUGAGUAG